UGGCAGCGAUGAAUUGCAAUGCUCUCGCAGCUCAUCUCGCGUUUAGUCGAAGUUUGGUGGCGCUUAAGUGAAGACGUGUGAAUUAAAUAUUCGAUUUCAGCUCAACGACAAAACCAAAAACAAAAUCAAACACAAACAAAACAAAAAUAAAUAAAUAAAUUAAAGAAGCCUGUUUGAAAUAAAAAAAAAAUAGUAUUUUUGUGUAUGAUUAAGAGUAACCUACGAUCGCACAAUGAUUUGGCCCUUAAGCUGCCUCCUGCUGGCAGCUGUGGCCAUUUGGCAAACGCGUGGAGCACCGCUGAUUGAAGAUGCCACCUUUUCCGACAUUGACCUUGUCGCUGAAGACUCUCAGCCAAAUGCCGUUUAUGUAGCAGCACCAACACGCUUCAAACGUACGCCCCAAUAUUUUGGCGGUAACUGUGGUUUUAACGGUUGUGGCGAUUUCGGCGCCAACAACAAUUACGCUUAUCGACAGGAACAACCAUUUGCAACAGUAGUCCGUCAUAAGCAUCGUAGCGAUGGUCCAAGGCCAUCCGCACCCACCGUGGUCAUAUCUCAUCAGCAUCAACCAUCCGCAGCGAAUGUUGUGCAUCGCGAACAUUACCGGAAUAGGCCACCUCCAUCCCCACCCUACACAGAUUAUGAUGAUUAUGAUACGAGUGAUUAUUCAUCAGGUUACCAUAGUCCUCCUCCACCGCCGGGACCUGGCUUUAACGGAGGUAAUCCAUUUGAUUAUUACUCAGGUCCACCUUACGGAGCUCCUACUGGCUUCUAUGGGAAUCCAUGGUCACCAUCUCAUGGUCCGCCUGGCUAUGGUCCGCCUGGUCAUGGACCACCUGGCCAUGGUCCGCCUAGGCAUGGUCCGCCUGGUCAUGGUCCGCCUGGUCAUGGUCCGCCUGGUCGUGGUCCGCCUGGUCGUGGUCCGCCUGUUCAUGGUCCGCCUGGUCAUGGUCCGCCUGGUCAUGGACCACCAGAUCAUGGGCCGCCCGGGUACGGCCCACCACAUUCUGACGUUCCACCUGACUUCAACAAUGGACCUCAACCGCAGCCUAAUCCUUCAACACAACCUUCCCCUGCACAAACAACACCACUACCCGCGACUUCAGAGCCCAAAGCGCCACCAGCCAGUGAGUCUGUACCCACCCAACCUACUCUUGCGCCAAUACCUUCAACUACUUCGACAACAACAACAACAACAACAACAACAACAACUACAACACCAGAUCCCAUGUACGAUAUAGACGUUCGAUUUGGAAACGUUUUGCUGAAAAAUACCCUGCUGAUGUGUCAAACGAAAUAUCGUGCGAAAUCGAAAAAUACAAAAAUGAAUGCCUUUAUAUGUUCAAUAACGGUUAAUUCUUUAUAUGUAGAAACUUUCGACGGUUGCCACCUAUUAAAAAUUACAGUGAGAAUAGCAAGAGAUACAAUUUUACAUAUCAUGAAUUAG